AUGUUUGGGAAAGUCGUGGUUUUCGGGUUAUUAAUACCACUAAUUUUUGCUACCAAUUUACUACUAGACAAAAUUUCUAGCCAGGAUGGGUUUUCCCUAAAUUAUUUUUUACGUGAUCAGUUACAACUUCAUUUGGUUUUACAUUUCGAUAACGCGACUAAGGUUGCUGCAAAUUUGUUUCUAAUGACGUUAUCAGCUUCAUUGACACUAGUUAACCACGAUAUUGUCAAUAAUCAGCCCAAUUUAGAACAACAGUGUAGUGUCAAAUAUUUGCAUCUGGUGCUAUUAUCCAACCCUUUGACAUUUUCUAAACUGUGUACAUCAGAUUUUGUUGUGUUUUUCACCAACCCAACUAAUUUUCCACUGGGGUCUGAAAAUUUUUCCAGCUUGUCAGGUUUAGAAAAAUCGGGAGGUGUUGCCGUAGUCAAUUAUGCCGAAAGUGUAGAAUUAUAUACCAUCUGCUUCUAUUGUGGUGACAUUAAAGGCAAAAUGACUCUGUUGCAGAAAUCAUCGUACGAUCAACCCCUGGACAUAGAAUUUCUAUUUUCGAACAAGUUCAAAAAUUUCGGUGGUCACCUAUUCAAAGUCGCCUACAUAGAUUAUCUUCCCUAUAUAUACUGUAGUCAAAAAACUAGAGUCAAUAAUAUCACCUUGUGCAAAAAAGCAACUGGUUCAGAAUUCCUGUUGCUGCAAACUCUAAGUCAACAUUUGAAUUUCACCUACCAAUUGAUAGAAACACCAAGUGAUUUUUUUGACAUACUAAUAGACGAAGUGAUUCUAAAAAACGCAGAUUUUGCCAUUGGUGGUGUUUCUAUAACAAACCAGCGCAUGAAAUCGGUCAAAUUUGGCGCACUUCUUCGACUAGAACCUCUUUGUUUAUUGUACGUUUUUCAAAAACCGUUUCUUUCGAAGCUGUUUGAAUACGAGUUGAAAAAUCUACUUCUAGAGUUGUUUCUCUUGGUGGUGAUGUUUUUCCUAUCUUUGGUGGUGUUUUUCCUCGACAAGUGUAAACUAUCGUUCGUGGAUAUAUUCAUGAUGUUUCUAAAAAGCAAGUACGAAAUAAAUACCAACAUCAAAACCAGUCGUUUCCAAAGAAUGCAGAACUCGAUUCUUGUUAUUUUCGUGUCUUGGUGGAUCUUCGCUUUGAUUGUCAACGUGAUUUAUAGAUCAAUGCUGGUUUCGUUGAUUUUUGAAAAACCACUGGAGGAUGUUACGUUUCAGGAUUUGGUUGAUCAAGGGUAUCAGAUCGUGCUUAAGAAGAACACGUCGUACAUGAAGAUGUUUUUAGACACUGAGGAACGACUGAUUAAUAGGUCUACCACUUUAUGGCUGGAUAAGUGUGAAAUGUUCCCCUAUGUUCAAAACAACAAAGCUCUGGUUCCUGUUGAAUUGACCAUGAAUCUCGUUCAAACUGUGUAUCACUGUUCAACGCUGCGUCAUACGAUUAUCGAUGUUAAAAAGUUUACAAAUCGAGCUUUUGGGGUGACGCCUCAUGCUUGGGCUUUUAAGUCUGAUGCUCCUUUUAUCGAUGAGUUCAACGUUGUUGUUAAAAAGCUUCUAAAUGGAGCUGUGUUGAAAAUGUGGGAAAAUAACGUUCUACUGGAAAAACAUAUGCACACUGAAUAUGCAGAAAGAAGUUUUCCAAGGCGAGAGAAAAAUGUUAUUGAUUUUGAGUCUUUUAUUUUGCAUUUUCUAGUUUAUUUGGUGUUGACCAUGUUGUCUAUUUUUUGUUUUUUGUUUGAACUUCUGUACUGGUAUUUGCGGAAAAGGAACACUGUUGUUGUGCUACAAAAAUAA